CGCAUGCGCAGGGCCUCGCAGCGCGCCGGAGCUGACUUGUGUUUAGCCGCGGGUGCAGUCUCCUCCUCCUCCUCCUCCUUCUAAGCCGGCCUUCCUGACGCUCCGCUUCCGGGACGACGAAGCCUGUUCCGGAGUAGCUUGGCAGCCCCUCUCUCGGUCUCCCUCACGCCCGUCGCUCCCGGACGCCAUUUACCGGCAGGUGGCUGUGGAGGAACGGCCCCGCCCCCACUCGGCUCCCGUCAUUGGACGGCGCGCGCCGCGCCCGGUGAGCCAAUCAGCUGCAGCCUUCGGCAGCCAUGUCUGAAUCUGGGCACAGUCAGCCUGGGCUCUAUGGGAUGGAGCGGCGGCGGCGUUGGAAGGAGCCGGGCUCCGGUGGCCCCCAGAAUCUUUCUGGGCCUGGUGGUCGUGAGAGAGACUACAUUGCACCCUGGGAAAGAGAGAGACGGGAUGGCAGUGAAGACCCAAGUGCUUCUGUCAUGCAGAAAACACCCAUCAUCCUCUCAAAGCCCCCAGCAGAGCGAUCAAAGCAGCCUCCACCUCCGGCAGCCCCGGCUGCGCCACCUGCCCCAGCCCCCCUGGAGAAGCCCAUCGUGCUCAUGAAGCCUCGAGAGGAGGGAAAGGGGCCCGGGGCUGGGGCUGCAGCCACCACCCCCGAGGGCACUGCUCCGCCACCCCCCACAGCCCCUGCACCUCCCAAAGGCGAGAAGGAGGGACAGAGGCCCACACAGCCUGUGUACCAGAUCCAGAACCGGGGCAUGGGCACCGCUGCUCCAGCCGCCAUGGACCCCGUGGUGGGUCAGGCCAGGCUGCUGCCCCCAGAGCGCAUGAAGCACAGCAUCAAGUUGGUGGACGAGCAGAUGAACUGGUGCGACAGCGCCAUCGAGUACCUGUUGGACCAGACAGACGUGCUGGUGGUUGGUGUCCUGGGCCUCCAGGGGACAGGCAAGUCCAUGGUCAUGUCACUGCUGUCGGCCAACACUCCAGAGGAGGACCAGAGGGCGUAUGUUUUCCGGGCUCAGAGCGCUGAGAUGAAGGAACGAGGCGGCAACCAGACCAGCGGCAUCGACUUCUUCAUUACCCAGGAGCGGAUCGUGUUCCUGGACACACAGCCCAUCCUGAGCCCAUCCAUCUUGGACCACCUCAUCAAUAAUGACCGCAAGCUACCUCCCGAGUACAACCUUCCCCACACCUAUGUGGAGAUGCAGUCACUGCAGAUCGCCGCCUUCCUCUUCACCGUGUGCCACGUGGUGAUCGUCGUGCAGGACUGGUUCACAGACCUCAGUCUGUACAGGUUCCUGCAGACAGCAGAGAUGGUGAAGCCCUCCACCCCGUCGCCCAGCCAUGAGUCCAGCAGCUCCACAGGCUCGGAUGAGGGCAGCGAGUACUACCCCCACCUGGUCUUCCUGCAGAACAAAGCGCGCCGAGAGGACUUCUGUCCCCAGAGGCUGCGGCAGAUGCACCUGAUGAUCGACCAGCUCAUGGCGCACUCCCACCUGCGCUACAAAGUGUCCUCCCCAGGCACCCUGUCCAUGCUGCAGUGCAACAUCUUCCCAGGACUGCCGCCCGACUUCCUGGACUCUGAGGUCAACUUGUUCCUCGUGCCCUUCAUGGACAGUGAGGCUGAGAGCGAGAACCCGCCCAGACCAGGGCCUGCUUCCAGCCCACUCUUCUCCCUGCUGCCCGGGUACCGGGGCCACCCCAGCUUCCAGUCCUUGGUGAGCAAGCUGCGGAGCCAGGUGAUGUCCAUGGCGCGGCCACAGCUGUCACACACGAUCCUCACCGAGAAGAACUGGUUCCACUAUGCCGCCCGCAUCUGGGAUGGGGUGAAAAAGUCCUCGGCGCUGGCAGAGUACAGCCGCCUGCUGGCCUGAGGCCGACGGAGGGAGUGUCGUGUUGGGAGCCUCCUGCGUCCCUGCGGACAGAGAGCGCCCGCGGUCCUUCCCUUGGCGCUGGAAAGUGGCAGAGGCCUGGCACACAAGGGGUUGUGGCUUCCCGCCCAGAGACCUAGAGACGUGAGGUGUCCCGAUGGGGGGUGCUCGGGUGACUUGAGGAGAUCCCACCCCCAACCUGAGAGGAGCAGCUUGUGCUCCAGGCCCAGGGACAGGCAGUGGGAAGAGUCAGCUGGUCCCCAGGAAGCCCCGCCAGCCCGGGGUCGGGACUGCUGCCGGCCUGCCUUCCCUGAGGGACGGGGCAGGGCCAGGAGAGCGCUGGGUGAGCCGGUCCGGUGGUUCCAAUAAAGGGAGCACGCAAGCCUCCCCGGAGCCUCGUUGGUCCCCUCCCCCAGCACGGCAUCCUGGGAAACAGGUGAUGCCCCACUGACCUCCCCAGGGACACGGCCACGAGGGCGGAGUGCCACAGAUAGGGACAGUGUCUGCAACGGGGAAGUCCAGGAAGGGCUCUUCUGCCCCUAAGGGUGACCGCAAACCUCCCGUAGGUUUGCUGCUAGGCUAAACACAGCAGUGGCCUUAGGGGUCAGAGCCUAGAUAAAUGCAGAACCUUCCGCUUCAGAAGCACAACUGCUGGGCUGGGAUAAGCUCGGGCAGAGGCUUGCCUGGCGUGGGUGCGGCCUGGGGCUCAGUCCUGAAUCCUGCAGAAAUAAAUAAUAGGACUGUCAAA